GGGUUAAGCUAAACUUUUACGGUCGCUGGCAGACGAUAUCCUCAAGACGCCGACAAAAUGACCCGAACCAGUGAGUGCUGGGUUAUUUUCGACAAAUGCAAAGCUGAUCUGGUGAAUGCAGACCUACGGACUGGCCUCAACAAGGGCCACCCCACGACGCCCAUCGCAAAAGCCGUGCGCCCCAGCCAGCGCAAGGGCAUUCAAUCGGCCAAGACCAAGUUUGUGCGGUCUAUUGUUCGUGAGGUUGCUGGAUUCUCAGCGUAUGAACGUCGGGUGAUGGAGCUGCUGAGGAACUCGAAGGACAAAAAGGCAAGAAAGUUGACGAAGAAGAGGCUUGGUACGCUUUUGCGGUCGAAACGCAAGUUGGAGGAGCUGUCGACGAUCAUCCAGGAGAGCAGGAGGAUGGGACAUUAGGAACUGUUCAGGAUUAUUAUGUGAAUCGAUGUGUUCUAUGUUCUAUGAUCUCGAAAAGCAAUCGAUAUGCAACUGUCUUGCUGACUGGAGACUCGACGGGUCACCAAAUAUGAUAUGCCGAUGAUGACCGGUCUAUGAGUAAUAAUAAUA